CCGAAUUAGAUCGUGACACAUAUCGCCGUUCUCAGGCUGCGUUAGCUCGUGAGGCCGAAAUAAUGAAGGACGUACCAGAUUGGAAAGUAGGCGAGAGCGUUUAUCAUAGCAACAGGUUUAAAAUGCCGACACAAAUCAUUGUUCCUGAGAAAGAGAAUCAAUGA